AUGGCAUCGACUCCUAGACCUAGUCCCGAAUCCGUCCACAGUCUUGUUAAAGACCGUGUUGCUCUUGUCACCGGCGCUGCCCGAGGCAUCGGAUUCGCAACAGCUGCUUUACUUGCGCAACACAACGCACGUGUAGUCCUCGUGGAUCUACAUGAAGAAGAUCUGAAGAAGGCAUGUGAGGCCAUUGGGAAGCAGGCGACAUGGCAAGUGUGCGACGUCAACGAUUGGGACCAACAAGUGGCUUUAUUUGAACACGUGAACAAAACACUUGGCUCUAUCAGCCUGAUGGUCUGCAAUGCGGCCGUCAACCCGGAAAUUGCUCUCCUGCAGGACCUGGACAAGGAGAAACAUGCGCAGAUGAAGUCUUCUGUCCGACACAAUUACCUCGCGGAUGAACGCAGCAGCAUUAAAGGAGAUACUCUUGAACGACCAUCAACUGACCUCAUCGAUAUCAAUGUCAACUCGGUCAUCUUUGGACUGAAAUUGGGCAUCUACCACAUGAAACAGAACGGUGGGGGUCGCAUUGUGGUCACUGGAUCUGCCGCUUCCUACGUUCCAGUGGCUUCGCAGCCCUUGUAUACAGCUAGCAAGCACGCUGUGCUGGGCUUGUGUCGUGCCACGUCUCAGAUCAGCGAGGUGGUCGAUGCGGGGAUAUCGAUCUCUUGGGUCGCCCCUUGGUUGACAUUGACAUCCAUGGUGGAGGGCCUUGAGGCCACAAGCAACCCUAACACCCUCAAGAGCUCACCGGAGGACGUUGCAUGGGGUAUUAUUGCUGCUGCGGCUGCUAAAAAGCCUAAUGGCAAGGGCUACUGGGUGCAAGGUCAGACGAUCAGUGAAGUGGAAGCCGCUUACGGCGAACUCGCAGGGCGCUUGAUUCUUCCAGAGAACCGGUUUUGA